AGGUGGACAGCAGGACACCCAGAAGCAGGGAGAUGGAGUUGGUGACCUUUGAGGAUGUGGCAGUGAACUUCACUGUGGAUGAGUGGGCUUUGCUGGAUCCCUCCCAGAAGAAGCUCUACCAAGAUGUGAUGCAGGAAACCUUCAGGUGUCUGGCCUCUCUAGGAAAAGAAAGAGACAGCCAGACCAAUGAGGAUGCAUACAAAAAUCCUGGGAAACAUCUAAGAAGUCAAGUAUUAGGGACACUCUGUGAAGGUAGUGAACAUGGAGACAUCUUCAGCCAAACUCCACAUUAUAUUGAGAACAAUACAACUCUUCCUGGCGCAAAACCAGGUGAAAGCUUUGUGUGUGGAGAACUCCUCAUUGACGAUUCAUCACCAGAUGUGCUUUUCAGAUCUCAAACUGGACAUAAACCAUAUGAAUAUCAGCAAUAUGAGAAGUCUGUUGUUUAUUACCAGUCCUUGCAGGAGCAUGAAAAGACUCAAAUGGGAGUGGAACAACAUGAACAUAUGCAAGGUGGGACAAUCUUAACUUGUCCUGGUUCCCUUCCAAUACAUGAAAGGAUUGACACUGGAGAGAAACCAUAUAUAUGUACACCGUGUGGUAUAGCCUUCAAUAAUCACAGUACUCUUCGAUACCAUGAAAGGGUUCACAGUGGCAGAAAACCCUAUGGAUGUCAGCAGUGUGGGAAAACCUUUAGUUGUUUCAGUAGUUUGGGAAGACAUGAGCAAAAUCACAAUGGAAAGAAACCCCAUGGGUGUAAGCAAUGUGAAAAAGCCUUCUUUUCUUUGAGUCACCUGCGAAGACAUGAACAAACUCACAAUGGACAGAAACCUUAUGUAUGUGAGCAGUGUGGAAAAGCCUUUCAUUUUCCCUGUUCCCUCAGAAAACAUGGAAGAACUCACACUGGAGAAAAACCCUAUGUAUGUAUAGAUUGUGGGAAAGCCUUCAGUGACUCUAGUUCCUUUUAUAGACAUAAAAGAACUCACACUGGAGAGAAACCCUAUGUAUGUGAACCAUGUGGAAAAGCAUUCAGUUGUUUCAGUACCCUUAAAGUACAUGAAAGAAGUCACACUGGAGAGAAGCCCUAUGUAUGUGAACAAUGUGGAAAAUCACUCAGUUGUCUCAGUUCCCUUAAAUUACAUGAAACAAUUCAUACUGGACAGAAGCCCUAUGUAUGUAAGCAGUGUGGGAAAGCCUUUAGUUAUUUGAGUUCCUUUCGAACCCAUGGAAGAACUCACAAUGGAGAGAAACCAUAUGUAUGUAUGCAUUGUGGUAGAGCCUUUAGUUAUUCUUUUUCCCUUAAAUAUCAUCAAAGAACUCACACUGGAGAGAAACCCUAUGUUUGUAAGCAAUGUGGAAAAGCUUUCAGUGACUCUAGUUCCUGUCACAGGCAUAAAAGAACUCAUACUGGAGAGAAACCUUAUAUAUGUGAACAAUGUGGAAAAGCAUUCACUUGUUUCAGUUCCCUUAAAUUACAUGAAAGAAUUCACACUGGAGAAAAACCAUAUGCCUGUGAACAAUGUGGAAAAGCAUUCAGUUGUUUCAGUUCCCUUAAAUUACACGAAAGAACUCACACUGGAGAAAAACCCUAUGUGUGUCAGCAAUGUGGAAAAUCCUUUGGUUAUUCUGGUUCCUUUCGAGACCAUGCAAAAAUUCACAGUGGGCUAAAACCCUAUGUCUGUAAACAGUGUGGGAAAGCUUUUAGUUACUCUAGUUCCUUUCGAAAACAUGAAAGAACUCACACUGGAGAGAAGCCCUAUGUUUGCAUGCAAUGUGGGAAAGCCUUUAGUUCUUCCUUUUCCCUUCAAAAUCAUGAAAGAACUCACACUAGAGAGAAACCUUCUAUACGCAAGGAGUAUAGAAAAGCCUUUAGUUCUUCCCGUUACAUUAAAAGACGUGAAAGAACUCAUACUGGAGAGAAACCCUAUAUAUGCAAGGAGUGUGGAAAAGCAUUCAGUCGAUCCAGUCACGUUCUCAGACAUCAAAGAACUCACACUGGAGAGAAACCCUAUGUAUGUAAGCAAUGUGGAAAAGCCUUUAGUUCUUCUAGUUAUAUUAAAAUACAUGAAAAAACACAUACUGGAGAAAAAUCCCAUAAACCUUAUGUAUGCAAGCAAUGUGGACAAGGCUUUAGUACUUCUAGCCACAUGAAAAUCCAUGAACUAAUUCACAGUGGAGAGAAGCCCUAUACCUGUGAACAAUGGGGGAAAGCUUUCACUCAUUCCUAUGCCAUCAGAAGACAUGAAAAAACUCACACUGGAGAAAAAACCUUCAUAUGUAAGCAAUGUGGAAAAGCCUUUAGUUCUUCCAGCUCUGUUAGAAUACAUGAACGAAUUCACAGUGGAGAGAAGCCCUAUGCUUGUGAACAAUGUGGGAAAACUUUCAGUCGUUACAGUUCAAUGAGAACACAUGAAAAAAUUCACACUAGAAAUAAACCUUAA